GCCACGGGGAGUGGGCGGGGAGGCUUCCCCACGCCUGCGGCCGCCUCGCACUUGGGAGCCGGGGACGGUGGCGCCCCAGUCCCCAAGGCCUCGGGAGCCUGGGCCCAGGCGACGGUUCCUACCGCGCCAAGGGGAAGCCGGGGCCUGAGGGCCCCAGCGGCCCCCACGCAUUGGGCCUGGGCAGCGGUAGGGCCGCGGGGAUAGAGCACCAGGCUGCGGGUUGGCGCUGUGCCUGCUGGGGGAGCUAGGGCAAGUCAUUGCCCUUCCCAUUGCCUCAGUUUCCCCAUCUGUACAAUGGGGCUAAAGAGCCUGACCUGCUUGAUUUCCACAUUGUCUAUGGUUGACUUCUUUUAGCCAAGAUGUCAGUGAAUCCUAUGGCAUAUGAAGCCCAGUUCUUUGGUUUUACCCCUCAGACAUGUAUGCUUAGGGUCUACAUUGCAUUUCAAGACUACCUGUUUGAAAUGAUGCUGGUUGUGGAAAGAGUCAUUCUGAAGAAACUAGAAGGCUGUCCUGACUCUAAGAUCAGUCCAUUCCAAAUCCGUAAGAGCACAGAGAAAUUUCUUCUCUUCAUGAAGGAGCGCUUUGAUCACCUCUUCAGCAAAAUGGAACAAAUGCUUUUGCAGUUGGUGUUAAACAUUCCUAAAAAUGUUUUACUUCCUGAAGACAAGGUCCAUGAGCAGUACCCCUACAGUAAGGAACAGUUUCAAACUCUUCAAGGUGAAAUUGAUCAACUACAGAAACAAUACAAGAUUGAAGUGUCUGCUGGACAGGCCCUUUUAGCAGAAUUAGAAGAACAGAAAAAGGUUCAGGCAGAACUUGAGAAGACCCUCCAGUGGUUUGAUGGGCUUGAGAACAUAUGCAGAGAGCACGGGACUAGCAAUUUAAAGGAAAGCUUUGCAUUCUUGACGCAAACGUCUAAGAAACUGCAAGAUAUACUAAAGGAAGUUGAAAAGAAAAACAAAAGAUUGCAAAAAAGUAAUCUCCAUGUAGUGUAAAGGAAGUACUGAAAGGGCAGCAGAGAAACCAAUAAGACAAUACUUUUGUCACAAUACAUUUUUUUGAGGAUCCCUCUUCCUUGCCAUACCAGGUUUUGACUGAAAGCUGGUGAGUGCAAUAUUCUGGCAAACCAUCAUUUUCCCCUCCUGAAUUCUAUAAAUACUGCAUAGAUAUUUCUUUAAGUAAAUAACUUUACCCCCCGAAGAAUGUCUAAAUGAAUUGUCUGAAUGGUAGAAGUGCAGAUGCAAAAUAAGUGCAUUGUAAUGAAGACUUCAAUUCUCUGCACUAGUUCAUUUAAGCAACCUUAGUAGAUAGGAAGCUUUUUCUUUAAUGUACAAUAGGUUAGAAGCAUUUUAAUCUUAAACUAUUUUUUGGAAGUCAAGACUUGUCAGUAUUGAAAUGUUCCAUUUAGAAAUUUAAGCAUGUGACAUAGUAAAACUUAGGCCUUGAGGAGAAAUACAUUUAAUAAAUGUUGGAGUUGGAAUUAAUCUAGACAAUGGUGAGUGGUUUCUAAAAUGGAGGGGUUAGUUAUUACUUCCAGUAUUUAAAAAAAAAAAAAAGUGGUUGAUAUGCUGAAGGAGUUAACAAAGACAGGACAGAGGGCCUGGAUCUUUCCUGUUUCUAGUGGGAGUAUUUCACAAAUAUUAAUCAGUAGUCACAAACCUAUGUACAGUAGGUGAUUAUACCAAUUUUGCAAAUGAAUAGUUUUGCUCUGAGCAGGAGGUGCACACUGUGCAGUGCUGUGUCUGAUAAGAGACAGAUAUGAGCUACAGCAGAAUAACUCAAGACUCUGGACUGCUUUGAAAGUUUUCUUGCACCAUAGUAUUUAUUGUAGUGUCAGCACAGCAUUAUACAUUGUGUGACUCUUGCUAAAAGCAAAACUUAGUUUGCCUAGCUAUACAAUGGGUAUACUCACCUACCUUAAAUGGGUGUUGUGAGGACUGAUUAAUAUUUGUGAAGUCCUUUGAGGUCCUUGAAUUAAGCUUACUUUAUAUGGACUUGUUGCACAAUCCAUCAAAGUAAAUGUGAAUCUUUUCAUUGACUUCAGUGCCUUUUGGAUCAGCCCUUAUUUGCAUAUUAGUAUAGUAAAAAGAAGCUUAACUUUUACAGGGGCAAAACUUCCUUACUUUUUAAAAGAUACUUGCUUGAACGAUGUUUAACUUCUGUAUAACUUGAGAGCUACUUAAAAAUUAUACAUAAAGUGACAAAAUAUAUUUGUUCAAUGCAUUCUGAAACUAUACUAUAAAAUAUUCUAUGCUAAUCUAUGAAAUUUGUCAAAUACCUGAAGAUUUCUGGAUCAGCUCAAUAUGCUCAAAGAACAGGUCAACAAAUUUGAAGUGUCCACUGAUUUUGUGAGCCCAGUGUGACAUUUUGUGACUCACCUUGGGCACCCAAAGUCAGUGUCCACAUCUGAAAAUUUGGCCAAAGACGUUAACUUUUAAUGUUUUAACACUAGUCUUUGUGUGAACUAACGUGCAUUAAAUAACACCUAAAGAUUUUCUAAUGGAAAUCAUUGUAAAGUAUCUUAUUUAGAGACUCAUUUUGUAUAUAUACUUAAAACAUUGUUUAUUUAUCUGCAUUUUUUGAUCAGUAAAAUCUGAGCGUUCAUUUCCCCACUACUCAUUCUUACAUGUAAUAAGCUUCUGUGCUACUGUAUGGCUGCAGCUAAAACUAUAGUUAGAGGAUUAGGAACAGAUACUGAAUAAGCAGAUUAGUUUUUAAGAUGCAGCUUAGGGUGUCUUUUAUAAAUAAAGUACAUAGUUGUGUUUAACUUUUUCUUCCCUCAAACUGCAAAGGCUACUGCCCAUACUUUGAACUAAACAUGCCAGUUUAUGAAAAGUCAUUCAUCUGUCACUUUGUAGAACUUGCAUCCUUUUACCGUAUUCUUCUAUUAAGAGUGUGAUUUAAGUGACAAGUAAAUAAACAUUCCAAUAACUCAUAAGAUAGUGUGAUGCAAUUUUCUGUUACUGUGCUAGAAAAAUCUCAUUCAAAAAUCUUCAUUGCUAAUGCAAUUUUUUUGAGCAAUAUGACUACAACAAAUCUGUGGAUAUUGUUUUGUCAGACAGCCCCAAGGGAGUUUAGUUUUCAUUCUGAACAACAGUGAAUGUUAAUUGGAAAUCUACUGCAGGACAAAAAAAUUAAAUUGGUAAUUUAAAUAUAAAAUUAAGUAAACGUGUGGAUGUCAAUAGUAGGAGUACAGUAAUACAGACAUUUGGCAAGGCAGGAGAUGAAGACUACAGAUACCAUCUUUUCUUCAGGGUACAAUUAAAAGCUCCUUUCUGAGCCUUACAAAUCUACUGUGUGCUUAUUUAAAUAGGUCCAUAAAACAGGAGCUAUAGCAUAAUCAACAAUUACGUUGAUUUUUUUAUAGUAAGAAAUAAAAAAAAAGUCCAUGUGGGGACAGGGAGUGGUAGGUGAAGACACCCCCCCUCCCCAAAUGAGACUGAUAGUGUUUAUCAUUCAUUGCUAGUAAUGUCAGCAUUUCCCCAAGGAGUGGAUCCUUCCUUAAAUAUCCCAUGGACUAAGGAGGGAUUACUUUU